GAAAGGAUUCCGCAGAUUCUCCUUCGGAUGCUCCAGUCCUUCAACGCCGGGGUUGUAAUUAAGAGAAGUGCUCUUGAUUUGGCAGUGCACACUUGUUACCCUCAAGCCUUUUGUUCCGUGCUCAUCUGGAAGUUCAUCGAAGACAUGUCUUUGAGAUCGAGUCGUCAUAAAUUCGACUCGAUAGAAUUUCGGAGGGAGGAAUCCGAAUUGUGCAUCUAUUCUGUGAGUCGGCGCUCUUGACGCCGGGCUUCUGCCACCUUUUGAGAACAAGAAAUUGUGAUGAAUUGCAAUAAGCAACCCGCCAGCUCAAGUGUAAUUGCCAACUUGAGCCAGGUGGUGUAAUGAUAUUCAUCUACUGAUUGUUGCUAAGAUUGUCGCUGGAUUAGAGUGAAAUGGCGGAAACGGAGAAAACUUCGGAAAUUGUCGGAGUCCAACAGCUGCUGCGCACUUUUCUUGAUACACAGCAUCGUCGUGCUUCUGCCUACAGUCUUUGGCACAAAGGCUUUACAGAGUACAUGAAGGCAAGCUCAGACGAUGCAUUCAAUAAGCUUUGCGGUCAAGUCACCGUUGAGUUCAGUGAGUGUUCAAAGCAGGUGAAAGACACAAUAGUUCGUCUCAAGGAUGCAAGUCUUGCCCGUGAAGAUCUAGCAUCAGUGCUCGAAGCUGUCCAGAUUCAGGAAAGCCGAAAGCUCCAAAUGACUAGUGUGCUUCAGGUGUUAAGGAAGGCAGGAAAGCCAUCGGAGCGAGCGAGUAUGGCUGAGCAUAAGCACGAGUCGACAAAGGGUUGUUCUCAUGCUUGUUCUCAUGGUUCAGAUGACGAAAUCGGGGGUUUGGAAAUGGCUCAAUUAGAUGCCGAGUUUGAGGCAGCUGUCAAGGAAGCCACUGGAGCUGUGCAGGAUGCAACACUUGCGAUCAACGAGCACAUGGAGGAAAUAAGAUACGAGAUCGAGGAUUUGGGAGAAACGCAGUCAGAAGAUGCGUAGCAUAGAUUUACUGGACUGAAUCUAAUCUGAGUCAGCCUUUUGAUGGCAAGGUAAUGUGCACUUUUUUGCAGACACCCACUGUAUAUGAUACUCCUCACUUAAACCUACCAGGAAAGCUUCCUGCAAUUUUAUUCAUGUUUCCUUUUACACGAGAAGCUAUAAUAAAGGAACCUUCAACUCGGACUGCGCUUCCCG